AUGACGUCCUCGAAUAGGCCCGAGGGGUCAAAUGUUGCUGAUGAUAGCAUCAAAGAAACAAUCCCCGUUGAGGAUUCUACUGAAGAGACCAAAGUCCAGAGUUCGGCUACGCCAACUGAAGAGACGGGCUCUAACAAUGUGGUUUUGCAGUCUUCAAAGUACGAGUCCAGUUGGGUUCGCAGGAUAUUGACGCCGAGGAAUUGUCGAUGGAGUGAUGAGUCGCCACCAGCUUUGUCUAUCGGCCAUUGUCUUCUCUAUGCUAUGGCAUCUGGUAUUACAGUAGCAAACCUCUACUACAACCAACCAAUUCUCAACAAGAUUGCCGCAACGUUCAAUGUCUCAUACGAAGAAUCCUCCCAGGUUGCGACAUUGCUACAGUCAGGUUACGCAGCCGGACUAAUAUUUGUUCUUCCUCUCGGAGAUAUUCUCGAGAGACGGCCUUUUAUCAUCAGUCUAGUCUUUGCCACUGCAACAAUGUGGAUAGGACUCUGUGUCACAAAUGACUUCACUGUCUUCCGCGCCUUAUCUUUCCUCUGUGGUGCUACCACUGUGACUCCGCAGCUGAUGGUCCCUCUUGUAGGAGACUUUGCGCCUGUGCAUCGAAAGGCGUCUCUUCUAGCCAUUGUCACGUCAGGACUUAUGCUUGGUCUUCUCAUGGCCAGACUAUUGUCCGGAGUUGUGACCAACUUCACCAGUUGGCGCAACAUCUAUUGGGUGGCUUGUGGACUGCAGUAUCUCAUGGGAGUUGUGCUCUUCUGCUUUAUGCCUGACUAUCCAUCCACGAAUCCGGAUGGCCUCAAUUAUUUCCGUGCGCUGGCUUCGAUUCCUUACAUGAUGGUUACAGAACCCGUGCUUAUACAGGCCUGCCUUAUCGCCUUCACAUUGUCAGCUGUGUUUACAUCAUUUUGGACAACCCUGACAUUCCUACUCGCUUCUCCGCCGUUCGACUAUACAUCCCUGCAGAUCGGCCUCUUUUCCCUGACAGCACUUGCGACUAUAAUGUCUAUUCCGCUGAUUGGAAGGUUGAUUGAUCGCUACGUUGCUCUACUACCAACUAUUGGUGGGCAGAUCCUGGCGUUGAUAGGAGCGAUCGUAGGAACCUUCAUUGGAAACUUUACUGUCGCAGGUCCCGUUCUCCAAGCUAUAGGUAUAGAUGUCGGUAUGCAGACUGCACAGGUAUCCAAUCGUUCAGCUAUUUUCGGUAUCAACCCCAAGGCACGUAAUAGAGUCAACACGGCAUAUAUGGCACUGGCUUUUGCUGGCCAAUUGACUGGUACAGCGGUGGGAAACAGGCUGUAUGCCAGUGGAGGCUGGAAGAAAAGUGGCAGUUUAAGCAUUGCAUUUGUAGUAUUGUCCCUGCUAUUCUCUCUUGCAAGAGGUCCCAGGGAAGAUGGUUGGAUUGGGUGGAAAGGAGGCUGGCAUCCUCGACGAGAAAAGACUGUGUCACCACCAACUGAGGAUGAAGAAAGAGGUAGCGAGUUACAAGAUAAAGAGCAAAAGUGA